CAGCAUACGACGCACAGUCCCAGCACAUCCAUUUCGUUUCAGUCCAAGAAUCAAUUGAGCACGCCAGGAGAAGCUAGCUGCUAGGAGACCAGCAACAACUUGGGCAGGAUGCAGCCGGCGAAGGUGAAGGCGAAGGACAUGGUGAGCUCGGCGAAGGAGAAGGUGAAGGAAGGGUCGGCCAAGAUGCAGGGCAAGACGGGGGAGGCGACGGCGGCGACGCACGGCGAGAAGGAGAUGGCCAAGGAGGCAGCCCGCGCCAAGAAGGACCAGGCCACCGCCGACAUGCACCAGGAGAAGGCCGAGCACCGCGCCGACGCCACCACCGGCCGCCACGGCACCACGGGCGUGCCCCUCACCGGGCCGCACGGCCACCACGGCGCCACCACCGGUGCGGCCGUCGACCCCGCCUACCCGUCCGCCGGCACCACGUACCCGGCGUCGGGCAACAAGUACCUCUAGAUCAGAAGCUGCGUGUCAGGGGAUCGAUUGUGGUCGCACUAGCGUUUUUUUUGUGUUGUGUAGCGACCGAGUGUGAUCGAGCAGCGAGUGCAUGUAUGCUUUGUGCACGUGCACGCGUGACCUGGAAUAAUGAGAAGGGUAGCAGCAGUAGUCUUGGGUGAAGCUUCGUUUCAGUUGUACCAUGUACUGUACUCAUGUGUGGUGUUGUUUCUGUGUGUAGUGCUUUUUUUUGGAAGAAAUUUAUGUAGUGCUGCAUGCAAAUCUAGCUACUUCCGUCUGUGCAAGGUGGUGCUGUUUUAACGCA